AUGGCCAGCAUGCAGGGCCGGAUAUACGACGACAUCUACAGUCCAGGAGCCCUCAGGCAGCCUGCGCACAUCCGGACGUCUCAUGCCCGGGCUCUUGCGUCGGAGUUAAAAACUGCCAUGCCACAUGCGCAAGACAUCCACGACCAUUACGAGGCGAGCAAAGGGCAAGUUCUCGGACCGGAUUACCACGAAAUUGCAAAACGUUCCGAUAGAGUCAUCGGCCUUUCUAUGCUUACGCUCAUCUACCGGAGCAUUGCCCCUGGGUGCCCAUCGAUGUCCGCAUUUUGUCAAGAAUGCAUCGAUGCCGCCAGAGAUACCCUUCAAGAACACGACCGAUGCGUCGCGGUGAUAACAAAGGCGCGAGAGAAGACGGUGUUCCUGGAAGCAUACAUCAACUGGUUGGUUUCGAUAAUACCUCGUUUUGUUGUCGACCAGAUUGUUCUGACAGGGCGAUCCAGGACCAUCACCCAGUCUCCCUUCAUCCUCUUCAUCAUUCUGUUUUGCCACAUCAUCGAAAUGCCCGAAGUCUCAGACCUCGAGCACAUGAGAGGCCUCGUCGAGAAGCUCAAGCCUACAUCAAACUCCCGUGCACAUAGCACAUGCAGCAAGCAACAUCGCCUCUUCAGGGUGUUGUAUGACGUCGCAGCCAAAUAUCUCGAGGUCAAACCCCGCGCGGACGGGGGGCCUGGGGUCGAUAGCUCGCCAGGAGUAUGCCGAUCUGUUCGUUCGCCGGAACGGCCUCGAACGGUCUUGGGCUUGGUAAUGGGGCUUGUCGAUGGGCUGGUCGCACCCACGGCAUUACAGAACACGGCAUUCGGGGAUGUGGAGGUGGAAAUGGAUCUCUCCGGAGCUCAGCUUUGGGACUGGUUUACCAAGAACCAGGCCAUCAUGAGGAUGCUUGAAGAUACAUAG